AUGUCGCUGUUGUCCGUGCUUACGCGGCCGGCCGGCCGGGCUCUGGAGCACGUGACCUGCGAGGAGGCUGCGGCUCAAGGCCAUUUUCAAAUCUCAUUGGCUUGGUUGUCAUGUGGUCGGCAGAGGCAUCCACAAUUACACGGGGAAUGUUUUCCUAGAGAUGUCAGCCUACAAAGGACACAAUCUCUCUUCUUCAAAUUCCUCCCCAAAAUGUCCUUUCCCAACAGCUCUCCUGCUGCUAAUACUUUUUUAGUAGAUUCCUUGAUCAGUGCCUGCAGGAGUGACAGUUUUUAUUCGAGCAGCGCCAGCAUGUACAUGCCACCACCUAGCGCAGACAUGGGGACCUAUGGAAUGCAAACCUGUGGACUGCUCCCGUCUCUGGCCAAAAGAGAAGUGAACCACCAAAAUAUGGGUAUGAAUGUGCAUCCUUAUAUACCUCAAGUAGACAGUUGGACAGACCCGAACAGAUCUUGUCGAAUAGAGCAACCUGUUACACAGCAAGUCCCCACUUGCUCCUUCACCACCAACAUUAAGGAAGAAUCCAAUUGCUGCAUGUAUUCUGAUAAGCGCAACAAACUCAUUUCUGCUGAGGUCCCUUCGUACCAGAGGCUGGUCCCUGAGUCCUGUCCCGUUGAGAACCCCGAGGUUCCUGUCCCUGGAUAUUUUAGACUGAGUCAGACCUACGCCACCGGGAAAACCCAAGAGUACAAUAACAGCCCCGAAGGCAGCUCCACAGUCAUGCUCCAGCUCAACCCUCGCGGCGCGGCCAAGCCGCAGCUCUCGGCCGCCCAGCUGCAGAUGGAAAAGAAGAUGAACGAGCCUGUGAGCGGCCAGGAGCCCACCAAAGUCUCCCAGGUGGAGAGCCCCGAGGCCAAGGGCGGCCUUCCGGAAGAAAGGAGCUGCCUGGCUGAGGUCUCCGUGUCCAGUCCCGAAGUACAGGAGAAGGAAAGCAAAGAGGAAAUCAAGUCUGAUACUCCAACCAGCAAUUGGCUCACUGCAAAGAGUGGCAGAAAGAAGAGGUGCCCUUACACUAAGCACCAAACGCUGGAAUUAGAAAAAGAGUUCUUGUUCAAUAUGUACCUCACCCGCGAGCGCCGCCUAGAGAUCAGUAAGAGCGUUAACCUCACCGACAGGCAGGUCAAGAUUUGGUUUCAAAACCGCCGAAUGAAACUCAAGAAGAUGAGCCGAGAGAACCGGAUCCGAGAACUGACCGCCAACCUCACCUUCUCUUAGGUCCCAGGCCCGUCGGAGGCCAGGAUCGGAGAGGGGGCACCGCGUUCCAGGGCCGAGUGCUGGAGGACUGGGAAGGCGGAAACAAAACCUUCAUUGCUCUUUGUUUUUUGUUUUGUUUUGUUUUGUUUCCUGCUAGAAUGUGACUUUGGGGUCAUUCUGUUCGUGCUGCAAGUGAUCUGUAAUCCCUAUGAGUAUAUAUAUUAAAAAAAACUAGCACGUGUAAUUUAUUAUUUUUUCAUCGUAAGGCAGGGUAACUAUUACUGCGCAUUUUCAUUUGGGUCUUAACUUAUUGGAACUGUACAGCCUCCAUCGGUCCAUUCAUCCCUCCAGCAAUGUGACUUUUUCAUGUUUUUCCUAACACAAAAGGUCUGUGUGUGUGGUUAGUCCAUGAUCUCAUGGCGUUUUGAAUACAUCCAGUACUUUAAAGUACUUAAAUUACAUAUAUAUUUAAAAAAAGAUUACGAAAACCCACAAGCUUUGGGGGGAGGGGGACUAAAAAAGCACAUUACAAUGUAUCUUUUCACAAAUGAACUUAGCAAUUGUCCUUGGUGAGAUGGAAUAUUGACGACUUACGCCUUGUAGCCUUCCCUUGUGGUGCAUCUGUGGUUUGGUAGAAGUACAACAGCAACCUGUCCUUUCUGUGCAUGUUCUGGUCGCAUGUAUAAUGCAAUAAACUCUGGAAACGA